GCCGACUGAGCUCAAACCAUCUUAACGAAUCAUUCCUCUUUGCAACGGAAGAGGCUGUGAAUUUUCCGUAUCGAUAACUCUUAGUGUAAAGCACUUUUAAGAUUCGCUUCUGUUAAGAAGAACUGAGCAUAUUAUGCUGUCGACUGAUUGCCGGUCUUCUUGUUUAUAUCACUUGUCUAUUUGGAAAUUUUCGGUAAUAUUAGAAGAUUGAGUUUCUAACGCGUACGCCGCAUCUUUGGCUUUCUGUUGGGUCAAGUUCGAUUAAACCCGAACCGAUUUCAGCGAAAUUAAAAUGCGCAUUAUUAUGUUUGUCAACUGAAUUCUGUCAAAGUUAGAAUCUGCAAUGGAAUCUUGGAUUUUUAAUAUGUCUCCUAAGGAAGCAUCCUGCGUAAGCAGUGCUGUACGCUUGCAGGGCUUAACGUGCUACGAAAACAAUAUUGUCGGCAAAGAGGACUCCACAGAGACGAUUAUCUCAUCCCUCGAGGCACAGGAACAGACGAAUUGUAAACCCAGACGCCGGCCACCGACUAAGAAGCGAAAGCGUGCUGAUCGCGAAGCGAACAUUUCGAAUGAUAUGCAUAUGUCGAAUCAGUUUUUGUACGCGAAUCACUUCGACAACCCAUCGGCGCUAACUGCACUGCCUUCAUUUAAAAUAAGAAGAAAAUUUGAGAUUGCCAAAAAACCUGUUUCGUCCGAAGAUUUACAGGAGCAAAGAAUGUUGGCCAACGUGCGUGAGCGGCAGCGCACACAAAGCCUAAACGAUGCCUUCUGUUCAUUACGCAAAGUGGUCCCCACAUUGCCGUCCGAUAAGUUAAGCAAAAUCCAGACUCUAAAGUUAGCCAGCCGCUACAUUGACUUCCUCUGCCAUGUUCUGCAAAAUAACGAAUAUCUAUCUUCCCUUCAAGUGCCUCAGGAGUACGAGACUAUCAAGUUAUUGGGUCAUCCUCCGUACAAUAAUUCACUAGUGGGAAGCAACACGUGUUUUGUAAUCAAUGAACGCCUCAGUUACGCUUUCAAUGUGUGGCGCAUGGGUGGUCACUGGCAACCGCCGGGACACUAAUACUUUGCAAUAUUAAUCAGCUGUUAAUUAACCAGCGGGCGCUCAUUAACCAGAAAAGAAUGUUUUGUUUUUCUUGAAUAACAUAAGGAUAUCUUUCCCUGCAUAUUUUUUAAUAUGCCUGAGCCAUUCUUUAUGUUUGUUUUGAUAAUAAUCCAUUGAAUCUGACACUGUCGUGUCAGCUGGAGAGGGUGCUUCAUGCUGCGGUCAUUGAAAGUUGAUGAAAUAAUUA